UCUAACAAUAAAACAUAUAUUAUUAUGAUAAUAUAUUAUUUUAUUAGAUUUAGAUUAGUACUUUGCAGAGCUGAAGAGGUCCAUAAAAAGAACCAAUGAGAAAGAACAGGCGGUUAAAGAGAGAGACAGAGUGGAGUAGGAGUCGGUGAUUCUAGUGGAUUCGUCUCUGCAAUAUUUUUUGCUUGAAUAUUGUUUUUUGAACUCAAAAAGGCAGAAACUCUGGGGAGACGGCAAGCAAGGACAAGAUUUUGUGUAGUACCAUGAUAAAAGAAAAGGGAGAUGUCCAAAGUCUGAUUCAAUUUCCUACACUUUUACAAGACAACAAGGUGCUGUAAUAAAAGCAAAACUCUCUCUCUUCCCAUUUCGAAAAGAAGAAGAAAAAAGAUCAGAUAGAUUAAAGCCAAAAAGAAAGAGACACACCCGAUCAAAGGAACAAAAGUUGCAAGCUUUUCAUCUUAUCUUCUUCUCCCUUGUGCCUCUCCUUCUUCAGCAACAAGCUAAGCUGUUUCUGGUUUGAAGAAUGGUCUAGUGAACCAAGUCUUGCAUGGCAAACCAUAGAGUUGGGGAGACCGGUUUGACUGACUCGGGACCUUCGAAUCACCACCAUGAUAUCUCUUAUGCAGUUCUUCAUGGAAUGAAUGUUCCCACAAGUUUCAUCCAUCAAGAAGGACCUGCGUUUGGUUUUGGAGAGCUAGAAGAAGCAAUGGUGCUGCAAGGAGUGAAAACUCGAAACGAUGAAGCUAAAGCACCUUUAUUCACAACAGGCAGACCAGCAGCUACCCUGGAGAUGUUUCCUUCUUGGCCAAUGAGAUUCCAGCAAACCCCUAGAGGAAGUUCAAAAUCAGGAGGGGAAAGCACUGAUUCAGGUUCUGCAGUGAAUACAAUCUCCAGCAAGACCGAGAUCCAGCUUGAACAGGAUUCUCCCAGCAGUACUAAAAAGACAACUCCUUUGGAUCAUCAACAAAAGAUGGCAAGUGAUAUCUCAAGAACUGGAACAUCACAGAAUCAAUCAAUUGCAGAACUACCCCAUGAAAAGAGAAGGGGUUCAACUUCUGAGAAACAGCUUGAUGCUAAGACACUGAGACGUUUAGCCCAAAACAGAGAAGCUGCAAGGAAAAGUCGUCUUAGAAAGAAGGCUUAUGUUCAACAACUAGAAUCAAGUAGAAUAAAGCUAACUCAACUUGAACAAGAUCUUCAGAGAGCACGAUCUCAGGGACUUUUCUUGGGAGGUUGUGCUGGUGCUGGUGGAAAUAUCAGCUCUGGGGCUGCAAUAUUUGACAUGGAAUACUCGAGAUGGUUAGAAGAUGAUCAGAGGCACAUGUCGGAGCUAAGAACUGGUUUAAAUGCACACCUUCCCGACAGCGACUUUCGAAUAGCCGUGGACAGUUACAUCUCACAUUACGAUGAGUUUUUCCGGUUGAAGGCCGCCGCUGCAAAGGCCGAUGUUUUUCACCUUAUAACUGGCAUGUGGACGACUCCGGCGGAACGCUGCUUCCUUUGGAUGGGAGGUUUCAGGCCCUCCGAACUCAUCAAGAUGCUAAUAUCACAAUUAGAUCCACUAACUGAACAGCAAGUGAUGGGGAUUUACAGCCUCCAGCAUUCUUCACAACAGUCAGAAGAAGCACUCACCCAAGGCCUCGAACAGCUCCAGCAGUCGCUGAUCGACACCGUUGCUGGCGGUCCGAUCAUCGACGGAAUGCAACAAAUGGCUGUUGCCUUAGGCAAGCUUGCCAACCUUGAGGGCUUCGUUCGCCAGGGUGACAAUUUAAGACAGCAAACCCUUCACCAGUUGUCCAGGAUACUGUCGGUUCGACAGGCGGCACGGUGUUUUCUGAUGAUCGGAGAGUACUAUGGGCGUUUACGAGCACUUAGUUCCCUUUGGGCGUCCCGUCCUCUAGAGAGCAUGAUGAGCGAUGAUCAUUCGUGUCAAACAACAGACUUGCAAAUGGUUCAACCCUCACAGAAUCAUUUCUCAAACUUUUGAUAAAGAACAAUUCAC